GUCUUCUUCACUUUCUUUUUUUCUAUCCAACACUAAAACACUGAAACCACUCGAUUACAAACAUUAGAAUAGAUCAACCACAAAACUAUUCGAUCGCAACAUAUCAAACAACUUCGGUGAAACCCACAACCGCACAAAUGGAAAACAUAACCGCCCAAAUGGAGGCAACGACAUUGCAAAUGGAAGACUCACCAAAAUUUACCAUCUCCGAUCUUAAAAGCAACAAUCCCCUAUGGUGGCGCAUCCACGUAUUCACAUACGACCUCCGCCACUACCGCGAACGACCAGACUCGCUCGAUCGUCUGGAAACCAUAGUAGACAUAUCCUACCUCAGCACACCCUACUUCAACGAAUCAGAAGUAACACAACUGAAAUCAACACUCCUCUCCACGGGCAAGACUCUCGAGGAGACGAUAGAACAAACACUGCAUGAACGACUCAACCGUCGCUUGAAAAAGAGGCAGGAGAGUAAUGAUUAUCGAGUCUGCGCUGCCCAUGAUCUGGCGCCUAUUUUCGAGAAGGCUUUCGGUUUGGACCAUAAACAGUUGGCAAGAGAUGUUGAGUUUCUCAAGUUGGUGGAUGAGAAUGGGUUGCAGGGAGGAGAGGCUUGGACGGGUUUGGCGACGAAACCGAUAUGUGGGCCCAAGGCACAGCCUGGAAAGAAGAAGAGGAAAAACAACAGGAAAAAGACUCGUCAACCAAAUUGAUAUCCUUGAACGC